UCUCUGGAACUAAAUUUUUGUCACGUUAUCCAGCUCUAGAACUUCUGUGCUAGUCCCAGAACGGUUUCAGCAUAUUUGCCAUGCCUACUGUACCCCCCAACUGUCAAACACAACGUUUCAUAAGGCUGCAAUUGUUUAUCAGUAUCGUCUUGAUCUCUCUGAUCAUCUUGACUAAUUGUAAGUCAAAUGAAAAGCUCUCACAAUGAAUGAUUUUUGUUUGUUUGAUAUUGUCUGGAUUGUUCGCAUCAGGUACGACCAUCCACUCCAGUGUUACGUAUCGGCCUUGUAGCUGUACAUACAUAAUUAGUGGAGGUGGAAGUGUAAAUUUAUAGUGAGAUUUUUCGGGAAGGUUUACGCGUGAAUGAACUACAUAUUUUUCUAUAAUUUUUCUUCCUACUUUCAGGUUUUUCUCUCUACAUUACACUUUUACUAAUUUUCUCGCUACGAUAAAAUCUAUAUGUUCGCAGAAGGGCGGAUCAAGUUACCCGUUCAAAGUCAUUUGUUCCAUAAGGUGGCGCACAAGUUGUCCUCUGUUUUUUGUUGUUCUCAUCAUCCCUGACCAUGCUUGACCAGCCGUGAUUGACCAUGAUGCUUCAUCGUCUUGAACCUCGAAUUUUAUACUUACGCUUUAUACAGCUUAUAUUGCUACAUUAUCUCUUCGCCAAUGAGAAAUCCGCCGUGUUAUUAAUUCCGACAGGUUACAGGGAUACAAGUCCUACGAAAUUGUGGCUUUUCUAAACUAUCGACACAAAUAAGAAUGUUAAAUUAUAUUUAAAUCUAGUACGUAUAAAGGUUAUUCGGCUACUAGAUGUAUCUUUCUAAAUUUUGUAUCUUUCCAAAAUAUUAAAUUAUAACUUUUAGAAGCAUAACGAUGUCAUUGUAUAUUAAUAUGUAUGUGAUAUAUUGCUAAAAGUAAAUAAAAAUAAUGGAUGCUGACAAUAUUUUGUUCAGCUCAUUGUCAUUAGAUUCAAAGUUACGUUUCGUGCAAGCAAAGCUCGGCCCUCGCACUAUUUCGUCUCAUGGUGCUUGACCCUGUAUCUAAGAAUAUUAUGAUUGUCAAGAAUUGGUGCGCAAUCAUGUAUGUAUGACGAAGUGAAAAUAUAAAAAAUAAAUUGUCAUCAGUCAAUCACAUGUUGGAAUUACAAAAAGGUAAACUAUGGGAUCGAUAAAAAGAUUUUCCUUUUCGCAUUUAUACAAUUAUCUAAGAUACAUGAAUGCCCCUCCGAUUGAGUUAGAUAAUGCCGUGACCGACAUUGGCUGUGUAACCAAUUUCUAUGUUUCCACCGAAAUUGAACAAGAAUUGAAAUACAUUAGGUAACGGGAACAAAACAAUUGAGUGUUACGGAUAUGCAACAAACGUAUUUCAUUUCUCAUACUCGACCUCGGUGACUUCAGUGGAAACAUAGCCAUUGUUGGUGUUGUCACUGCUGUCGCUACUGUCGUAGCAGCAUGCCUAGUGAUGCACAGGUUCCAUGUAUGUAUGUACAUACAUAGCUGUCAGAGCGUUCGACGAGACGCUGUUUCAUUUGUAAAUAACAAAUAGUACAACGCGAAUUCAAAUAAAUAACAGUAUAUCUAUCGUAAAUGGAGGAGUGACAUGAGGGUAUUGUAUAUCUUUGGUCGGGGAACACUGUAAGCAGUUUGAGAAGAUAGACUAAAAAGAUAUAUAAGAUGUUGCUGAAGUAGGUUAAACAGGUGAAUGAGUGGCUAAAGAGAUAGGUAGGUAGAUAAUAUUUAGUGUUCAUAAUGGCUCAGUCAACAGCGGGUGGAACCUCCUCGCGUAGACACACGAGAGAGCAUGAUGUCAGCUCUUCUUCCACUGCAACUCGUUAUAUGGACAGCGAAUGGGAAACGAAGGAGGCUCUGCGACAAAGAGAGCUUGAGGAAGCUCGGGCAAGGGCUGCACAGAUGGAGAAGACAAUGCGUUGGUGGUCAGAUUGUACUGCUAAUUGGCGAGAGAAGUGGAGUAAAGUUCGUAAUGAGAGAAAUAAGGCACGAGAAGAAGCCAAGGUUCUUAAAACAAAAUUAGAGAUAGCCACAAAAGAUGCAAAUACUUUUAAACACGAUUCCCAAGAACUGGAGCUGCAAAACGAACAACUCAAGAGAGAGAUGGAGAAGAUUCACACGAUACUGCUAAAACAUGCAGGUCAAUUUGAUAGACAGAUAAUUACAAUUUUGGAAUCUGAUCCAAGAUUGAGGGAUGCACUUGGUGUUGAUGAACUUCUUGAGGUUUACAAUAAUGCAGAGCACAAUGAAAAAUCUGUUCUACCUUCAGCCCAUCAAGAGUCUGUUCCCCCACAUACUUUAUAUGAUGGAGGUAACUUAAAGGUAGAAAGUCGAGACACUGGUCAUGAUAGGGACAUCGAGGAGUAUGUAUUACAAGGUGCUGUGCCUAAGCAUGCUGUGGAGUUAUACAAAGAAGGUUCACUUGGAAGUUUGGAUACAGAUAUCGCAAAACUAGUCGUUGACACAGUCACGAUGCAGGAUUCUGUGGAUGUGAGGCAAUCUUCAGUGGACAUAGCAAAUGAAGACGUUCUCGUGCAAAAAAUGUCGGUACUCCGUCUUAAAUUGGAUGAGGCUACAGAAACGAUCUCUACCCAAAAAGAAGAAAAAUCAUUUCUUCGCCGCAGCAUGGAAAAGCUGAAAGUCGAGGUGAUAGAAUUGCGGGAACGCUGUGAUCAACUGCAGCAAAGCAAAGCCGAAACAACGAAAGAGCUUCUUGAGCUCAAGGAUCGCUUUCAGAAAGAGUUAAAUGCUGCACAGGCAGACCUUAUGGAUGAAACCUCGAACAGGGAAGGAAUGGAUCGACGUCUAUCAGACUUAAGGACCGAAUUGGAAAAGCUUCAAGCGGAAAACGCAGCCGAAUGGGGUAAACGAGAGCGACUGGAAACGGAGAAGAUAUCGCUUGAGCGCGAAAAUAAGCAAUUACGAAACGAAUUGCGAGAUCUGCAGGAGAGAGUAGAGACGCGCCGUGUUCGACCAGUGUCUACAACGGACACAGAGUCUGCAUUGGUUCAGCAGGAAUUACUUGAGCGAAAUAAGGAACUACUCGAACUGAAGCAUGUGCAUGCCAAAUUGAAGAAAAUAUUAGCUGAGAAAACGACCGAGUUGUCCCAUGCGAGUCGACGCUCUGAACAGUAUGAGUCCGAAGUGAGAAGAUUGCGAGCGAGAGUCGAGGAACUGAAGAAGGAAUUGGCAUCGGCGCAAGAUGAGGUAGACGUUGCCACUAGUAACGUUCGUAAACUUCAGCGAGCCAACGAGGAUCUUCUUGAACAACUUCAAUCAGCAAACGUUCGGCUUGAACACUUUCGCAACAGAAUCCAAAGGACCACAUGUGCUACCGACUCUUCUCGGAGUAGUUAUCACAGCGAAAACAACGACUUGAAUGGAAAAGAAUAUAACAACGGGAGCGGCAACGACGAUGACGAUAACGAUUAUAAUGUUGGUAACGAGAACGAGAAUGAUAACGAUGCUAGCAGUACCAGUGCUGAUGAUAAUACCGAAGAGCUUGAUGAGGACUAUGACUACACUGCAGUUGCUGACAGAAAAAUCAAGAAAAGGAAGCAGAGGGUGGAAACAGCUCAACAGCCAAACUCCUCAGUGGAUUCCACUAAUGCUGAGAUCUCUUGUGGCAUCAGUGAGAAAUUUGUCAUCGAAGAUCUCUGACCCGCUAAUAUCACAAAUCCCAUGAAAGGAACUGAUAUUCCAUUCGUUGUGAACAUUUCAAUUAAUGAGCACACAUGCUCAUGUAACACACUUCAAUCUUCAACCAAGAUAUUAGUUACGUGGUGUCAUGCAUUGCAACCAAUGAAGUAUUAUUCGUUAUAUGAUUAAUUUUUAUGAGCAUCUUAUCGCUGAUCUAAUUCUUGGUUGAAAAUGACGUAUACUCCAUUCCUGGAACGUUUUAUGUACAAAUCGAGGAAGGUAUUAUUCCAUUCACCGAAUGAAAUGGAAUAUCUAAGCUCGAUUUAUUAGAAGAAAGAUGCAUAUAUAACGAUGAAGUACUAUACCGGAUUUUGUCGCUCCUGAUAAUAAAGGGAAUUUGAAAUCAUAAAA